AUGCCGUCGCACCGGCAUAAACCCAGUGUAGAAUACUCCGCCAAAAUGUGGACUCUGAAUCAGGAUCGUCGUUCUAUCCGUCGACCAGUGAACAAGGUUGCGUUGGUGAGAUAUGAGCAGUCGCCGACAGAAGAAAGGGUGACACGAAAAAGGGGCCCGAAGGUCAGACGGGGAGCUGCUGCCUUCACGACGAAGAUACGGCUCUAG